CCGCUCUCCUCAGAUCAGCGCGUUCGCAUAAUAACGAGCUGCGCGCGCGCACCGGACCAACGGCGCGGCCACAGCUGCCCGUAACAAGUGAAGCACUGCGCGCGCGCUUUUCCCCUCUCUCUCUCUCUCUCUCUCUCUCUCUCUCCGGAGUCUGGAUGUGCGAGAUGGAGAACCGACGCGUUUAACCGGAUUCCUGUUGGAGAGCGCGAGCCAUCCUUCUCUCCAUCCCUCUCUCUUUUCUCUUGGACUUGCACUGUGGCUUUCUUGAAACAAAUAUUUUUUUGCCUCCUUUUUCCGGCCCGGAACUGAUGAAUUGAAGUUGGCGGCGUGAUUUCGGCGUGUCACCGGGGGAGAGGCGCGCGCGCUCUUGCUCUCUUGCUUUGCGGUUUCUGCGCACACCAUGGCGCGCGCCGGUGGAUACGAGCGCGUGAGGAGCAGCGCUCUGACCGGGGCGGUGUGGAUGGCUCUGCUGUGCCUCGUCUCCAGGACGCAGGGUUCUCAGAUACCACGUAGUUUCGUCGAGCUGCGAUUUGUGUUGGAGCCACAGGACGUGAUAACAAUAAGAGGUGGUGUACUACAGCUGGACUGCCAGGCACGAUCUGACCGUGGCCUUCCCUCCAUCUCAUGGAAGAAGGAUGGCGUGCUGCUGAGCUCGGUGGUGGAUGAACGGAGGCAACAGCUGGCCAAUGGAUCACUUCUGGUGCAAAAUGUGGUGCACUCACGUCAUCAUCGACCUGAUGAGGGAGCCUACCAAUGUUUGGCCACUCUGGAGGGUGUGGGGGCCAUCGUCAGCCGUACAGCCAAGGUUACUGUUGCUGGUCCUUUACGUGUGGUGGUCCCUACCGAGUCAGUCUCGUCCUACAUGGGUGACAUGGCAUUGCUGCGCUGCGAGGUGACCGGUGACCCUAUGCCUGUAGUGCGCUGGCAGAAGAACCGUGAUGAGCUGCCCUUGACCUUUGACCCCGACAGUAGGGUGGUGGUGCUGCCAUCCGGCUCGCUGCAGGUCAGCAAGGUGCAGCCACCUGACGCUGCCACUUACCGCUGUCUGGCGGAGAACCCGGGGAGCGUUCGGACGGGCACGGACGCUGACCUGAGGGUAUUACCUGAGCCCGGAGUAGUGAGGAAUCUGGUCUUCCUCCAGAGACCCAUGAAGGUCACGGCUCUACAGGGCCGAGACGCCGUGCUGGAAUGUUCCGCCUCCGGCUACCCGACCCCCUCCUUCUACUGGAUGAGAGGCAGCGAGACGAUCCAACUCAGCUCGAGGAAGUACUCGUUGCUCGGCGGCAGCAACCUGCUGAUCAGCAGCGUCACGGAUGACGACUCGGGCACGUACAGCUGCGUAGUGUAUAACAAAAACGAGAACAUCACUGCUUCCUGUGAGCUCUCCGUCCUCGCACCACCCCAGUUCUUGAACUACCCUUCCAACACGUACGCGUACGAGAGCUCGGACAUCGAGAUGGAGUGUGCGGUGACUGGUAACCCUCAGCCCACUGUGCGCUGGAUGAAGAAUGGAGAAGCAGUCAUCCCUAGUGACUACUUCCAGAUUGUGGAUGGUGGGAACCUGCAGAUUUUGGGCCUGGUGCGUUCAGAUGAAGGAUUCUACCAGUGUGUGGCAGAGAACGAAGCAGGCAACGCCCUGGCAAUGGCCCAACUUAUACUCCUCGAGCUCGUUGUCCCGAGCUCAGGCGUCCUCCCCUCCUUCCCCCGGGACGUGACCCCCAUGCUUGUGUCCAGCCGCUUUGUGCGCCUCUCCUGGCGCCCCCCAGUGGAGACACGUGGCACCAUCCUCACCUACGGUGUCUUCUACAUGCAGGAGGGCAUCAACAGAGAGCGGUCGGUGAAUGUGACAGAGCCGGAGAGUCUCCAGUUGACGGUGAACAACCUGAAGCCCGAGGCUGUUUAUAUCUUCAGGGUGGUGGCCUACAAUGAGCUGGGGCCAGGAGAAAGCUCUGAGCAAAUCCGGCUCUCCACACAACCUGAAUUGCAGGUUCCUGGUCCUGUGGAGAACCUCCAAGCCGAGGCCAUGUCCCCAACCUCCAUCCAGGCCUCAUGGGAUCCUCCAGCAUACGCCAACGGCCCUGUCCAAGGCUACCGGCUCCUCUGGACCGAGACCUCCACUGGCAAAGAGCAGAGCAUAGAGGUGCUUGGGCAAAGCUACAGAAUGGAAGGAUUGAAGAAGUUUACUGAGUAUUCUUUACGCGUCCUGGCACUGAACCACCACGGCCCGGGCAUCACCACAGACGAAAUGCUCAUCACAACCUUCUCUGAUGUUCCAAGUGCUCCUCCACAGAACAUCUCUCUUGAAGUGAUCUACUCGCGAAGUAUUAAAGUGAGCUGGCAGCCUCCUCCGGCCAACACGCAGAACGGCUUCAUCACCGGCUACAAGAUCCGCUACCGUAAAACGGGUCGGCGAGGAGAGCAGGAGGCCAUCGAACCCAACAACCUGUGGUAUCUGUUCACAGGGCUGGAAAAAGGCAGUCAGUACAGCUUUCAAGUGGCGGCCAUGACAGCCAAUGGUACAGGCCCGAGCAGCGACUGGUACAAUGCUGAAACGCCAGAAAACGACCUUGAUGAGACCCAGGUUCCGAACCAGCCAAGCUCCCUGCAUGUCCGUCCCCUUCCCAACAGCAUCAUCAUGAGCUGGACGCCCCCACUGAACCCCAACAUUUUGGUGAGGGGUUACAUCAUUGGCUAUGGAGUGGGGAGUCCGUAUGCUGACACAGUGCGAGUGGACAGCAAGCAGCGCUACUACUCCAUUGAAAACUUGGAGCCCAGCUCCCAUUAUGUGAUCUCACUAAAGGCCUUCAAUAAUGCAGGAGAAGGUGUGCCACUGUAUGAGAGUGCUGUCACGAGAUCCAUGUCAGAUACGUCCACUCCCAUGAUCCCCCCUGUAGGCGUGCAGGCUGUGGCUCUCUCCUCGGACUCUGUCAGGGUGAGCUGGGCCGAUAACUCCAUGAGCAAAAACCAGAAGAGCAGCGAAACGCGCUAUUACUCUGUCAAAUGGAGGGGCAGUCACUCCAGCAGCAGCAAGUACAAGUCUGCAGACACCAUAGGACUGAGUUACACGGUAACGGGUCUGAAGCCCAACACCAUGUACGAGUUUGCUGUCAUGGUAACAAAGGGCCGCAAGUCGAGCACGUGGAGUAUGACGGCACACGCCACCACAUAUGAAGCAGCACCAAGCUCCGCCCCAAAGGACCUGACCGUGAUUGGUCGAGAGGGUCGUCCCAGAUCCAUUCUCAUCAGCUGGCAGCCGCCGUUCGAAGCUAAUGGCAAGAUCACGGGUUAUAUUGUGUACUACACAUUGGAUAAGAACAUGGCCAUCGAUGACUGGGUGAUGGAGCCCAUUAGUGGAGACAGACUCACUCACCAGGUCAUGGAUCUGAAUCUCGACACUGUCUAUUAUUUCCGCAUCCAGGCCAAAAACGCCAAGGGGGUGGGGCCUCUCUCUGAGCCUGUGCAGUACAAGACAUCCAAAGUCGAACAUCCAGACAAGAUGGCCAACGACCAAGGUCGUCAUGGAGACAGUGGCUACUGGCCUUCAGACAAUAACCUGAUUGACAGAAGCAGCCUGAACGACCCACCCAUUGGUCAGAUGCGGCCUCCACAUGGCAGCGUGACUCCUCAGAAGAACAGCAACCUGCUGGUGAUCAUUGUGGUGUCCGUUGGCGCCGUCACCGUUGUCGUCGUGGUCAUCGUGGCACUCAUUUGCACACGGCGAUCCUCCGCACAACAAAGGAAAAAGCGGGCCACACACAGUGCAGCGAAAAGGAAAGGAAGUCAGAAAGACCUGCGACCUCCUGACCUGUGGAUCCACCAUGAGGAGAUGGAGAUGAAGAACAUCGAGAAACCGUCCAGCUCCGCCCCAUCGGGCCGAGAAUCGCCAAUCCAGAGCUGCCAAGAGAUUGCCCCAGUCACCCACAGCCAAUCAGAGAGCCAGAUGGGCAGCAAGAGUAGCCACUCAGGUGGUGAUGCAGAUGAAGCCUCCAGCGGCAUAUCCACCCUUGACCGCUCCCUAGCUGCACGGAGAGCGACUCGUUCAAAGAUGAUGAUCCCGAUGGACUCUCAGCCCAGCAAUACACCGGUGGUCAGUGCCAUUCCGGUUCCCACGCUGGAGAGCAGUCAGUACCCGGGCAUCCUGCCAUCCCCCACAUGUGGCUACACCCCUCACUCGAAAUUCACCCUCAGGCCGAUGCCCUUUUCCACGCUCACUGUGGACCGAGGCUACGCCGCAGCCAUAACCACAGAGACCCCCCAGCCUCAGGCGUCUCUGAUCCCCACCGUCCAGCCCGAAGCGUCAGGGGUAGAAGAGAUGCCGAGCCGCUCCAUUCCCACAGCGUGUGUAAGACCCACACACCCUCUACGGAGCUUCACAAACCCCCUCCUGCCCCCACCCAUGGGCACCAUCGAGCCCAAAGUCUACACUCCCAUGAUGCCACAGCCAGGUGGCAGUCUCCCGAAACCCCAAGUCAAGACAGCUUCGUUAGGACAGGCUGGGAAAGCCAGAUCACCGCUACUUCCUGUCUCCGUUCCGACAGCGCCUGAAACCGCAGAGGAAGGGCAGAAAGCAGCAGAAGACCCCGCAAGUGUAUAUGAGCAGGACGACCUGAGUGAACAGAUGGCCAGUCUAGAGGGACUGAUGAAGCAGCUGAACGCCAUCACCGGCUCAGCGUUUUAACGUCGGGGACAAACCGGCGGAAGCUGUGAUCCAGCAGAGGGCCGGCACGCCAUGAACCGGGCCACCCACCUGUGACUUUUCAGACUGUCUGGCGUCUCGUGUUUUCCUGCUUCGGCCUUUACUCCACUCACGCGUUCAUCAGCAAAAACCCUGCGAUGAGACAAAAAGAAAAUUCACACGCAAGACUCGAAAGGAGCGGUUUUAAAAGACAGCUCUGUUUAGAGCUGAUUCUUUCCUUCACCAACGUUUUUGUCUUUCCUUUGGUUUCCACUCACGCUGCAGCUUUGGCAAGUUUAAAUAAAUGGAUGGAGAAGACUGGGUUCAGAAAAUGACACACUGUUCUCUCAGGUUCGUCUCUCUGCCGCUCCGUCUUUCCAAAAACGUUGCUACGCUUUUCCAAAACACACUUAAAUACUGCUUUGUGACGAAACAAGUCCAUACCUGGUGGAUCAGGAAAUAAAUAAAAAAAAUCCAUUUCAUUGCAAAUAUACCUCCAUUUCCUGACCAGUAGUUUGACCUACUAUGACUGUGUUAUAAUGCACAACUUGUACACACUCCUCAUACUCAAAUUGUAUUCCAUCAGUUUCAUAUACAUUUUUUUAUUUUUUUUUUAAAGACACACUACGAAGCUGUCAAACACAACAGCAAGACACUACAGCAGCAAAGUUAUUUUGGAGACGUGAGACGUCACAUCUGGAAUCCUGCGAGCAGAAACAUCUAACGCGAACGUCUAAUUUCACUUCCACCCAGGCUGUGAUUUUACAGCCGUCUAUACGCUGCGAGGUGUGAUGGUGGGCUUGGAGAUGAAAGACCCCGUCACAAAACGGUGUCAACAGCAAAACGCGCUCCUGCGUCAACACAAACCAUGUUUUACUUUUCUGUUCCUUUUCCCCCUUCAUUCGUGCUUCGUGUUUUUUUUUUUUAAUACACAAGUAGGAGACAACUAUUUGGAUGUGCCUCUAUUUUCCUCCCUUUAUGUGUUGAUGCUGUCCGAAAGCAUCUAUUGUCUUUUAUUUUAAAAUUGCACUUGUGCAAACCUGCCAGAUUUUAAAACAAAAUCAUUUCGAGGACAAAAUACGAACGGAAGACGGAGGAGGAGGAGUGCCCACGUCCUGCCAUUUCUUACGCCCUGAACAAGGCAUGGCGCCUACAUUGGAUAUUUUUUCUUGGAUGCUGUACAUGUGUAAACUCUACCAUGGACAAAAUCAUGAACACUGUAGCAAGACAAGAAAAUACGCUGGGGUUUUUUGUAUUGUACAGUACCAUAGAGCAAUUGAAAGGGAGAUCUUUAGGUUAGGUGGU